AUGGAAGUUUAUCGGCCUCUUGGCGCCUACGACUUACAAGUGCUGGAGUACAUUGUCACCCUCGUGGCUGCCGACUUCGUCCUAUAUGGUGUACAGAUGGCGCUCUCGAUGGCAGCAAUUGCAAUACUUUUACGUCGCCACGGACAAUCGCGCUUCACACUGGCGGCCAUAAUGGGGCUUUUCUUGGCCUCUACGGCGUCUACCGUGACAAACAUGAUUUUCUACCUCAUCCAGCUGCCGACCAACAUUGGCACAUCUGAACGCCCUAUUGAGGAAUUACUGUUUCAUCUGAAAAUCAUGCUUAGUGUGACGGUCGGCUUCAAUUAUGUUAUCAGUGAUGCUGUGCUCGUCUGGCGAGCCUGGUGCUUGUGGUCCGAAAACCGCCUGAUAAAAGUUAUUUUGUCGGUAUGCAUGGGUGGAAGCGUAGCAGGAACCACUGCAUGGUGUACAUGGGGUGCCUGGCCAGGUGUCAUCACUUUAUAUGAGGCGACGAAGACCGCACCUCUGCUGACAAUGUGGAUUCCCCUAUUGGCCACCAAUGUAGCUGCAACGAUACUAAUCGGCAUGAAGGUCUGGCAUUAUCGCCGAGAAAUCAGGGGCCGCCUUGGUCACUUCAUGCAAAGAUCACAAGCCGAGAUAGUGCUGUUGCUGCUCCUAGAGUCGGGCGUCACGUACAUCCUUUUCUGGAUUGUCGUUUGCAUCUUGUGGAUCUUCACCACCAAACGGCCAUUUUCGGGCGAGUACACCUUCGCGGGUGUUAUCCACCAUAUUGCUGGUAUCUACCCAACAUGUGUUGUGUUCGCCGCCAUACGGGGCACAACGGAUUCCCUGCUCAGUGCCCAAGUAUCGCAAGCCAUGCGCUUCGCGGGACCGCACGAGAUGCGCGACGGAAGCACUGCGCUCGACGCGCUGCCCGGGCAUUCUAUCAGCCCACCCGAUGUUGGACCCGAGGACUCGUACGCGCAUAACAUUGCUGGCUCGUUCGGCACUUCUGGUGGACAAUUCGACGCUGCGUCGAGCGAGGGACGGCGCCCGGCGUCGAGUGACGGCCAUCACCCCACGUCUGGUGAGGACCGCCCGGGGCUGAGCGAGGACCGUCAGCAGUUGAGCAAGGGAUGCCCAGCUUCGGCGACGAGCGGCGGACGCCCAAACUCAAGCAACACCAUCGUCGAGGUCGAAAGAGAGUCCACCACGAUGUGA